AUGGAGAACAUGAAAAAGGUCAAGGACGAGAACCAGAAGCUCAAGGUCACACACCUGCGUCAGGAAUCCAGAAUCAGUCAACUUGAUGAGAUCAACGCCAUUACGAUCCAGAACGAUAUCCUCCAAGACAACCUUACCGCUCUAAGAGCCAACGUGGAUUACGACUACCUCGAGGGACGUCUAGCGACCAAGAAGAUCAAGUCGCAGGCUUUCAAGGCUAAGCAAAAUGAGCCCAGGCGAAGCAUCAAGGACUUGCAGCAACCCAAGAAUGUCAAGUUGCAUGAGCAACAGCUUUCCGACGCCGCUCUAAGAUGA